AUGUCUGAAGAAGCUGCUGCAACGAUUUCUGCUUUUGAUUUUUAUCUUCCGCUUCCGUACCGGGUGGUGAUACUAAUUAAUGCAGGUAUACUUUUCUGGCAUUUGAACCUGCUAACCUGCAGAAAUUUUAAGAUUGGUGUCUUAAAUGUUCUCAAAGUUUCCCCACAGGAGCUGACCUUGUCUAGACUCAUUGACAGAAGUCGAAAAUGUUUGGUGAACAUUACUUUGUCCAACAUCUGCAACUAUUCAAUAUAUUAUUUUUUUGCAUCCAACGGCUUUGAGUUGACACUCAUCGAUUGGCUACCCCUUUUCGGUAUUCUUACCACUUUCUUCAUUCUAUUGCAUGAUAAAUCAUCCUUUGAGUCUCAAAGAUUAUUGCAAACGAUGAAAAGAGUCAUCAAAGGUGAUAUCGACAUAUCCAUGAGAAACAAUGAUAUUUUACUAACGGAUACAUUCACAUCAUAUAACAAAGUCUUGGUGGAUUUUCUGGUCUAUGUAUCUGCAUUAGUUCUUGGAAUGUCUACAUUGCCAUCUGGUGCUAAUUUAUCCAAAGAACUUUCCAAAACUCACUUACAGCUGUACAAUAUUGAUCUACUGCUUGCUAAUUUUCCAUCUCUUUUGAGAUUCAGGCAGUGUUUAAAAGAGUAUAAUCAAAGUGGGAGGCAGAACAUUCGACAUUUACUCAAUGCAAUCAAGUACUCUACAGCAUUUUUACCAACCAUUUCAAUGAUCCUUUUUAAGGCUGGGUAUUUGAAAACUCGCAAUCUUUGGGUAUUUUUCACAUUCAUCAAUUCAUCUUACUCCCUCUAUUGGGAUAUAACCAACGACUGGAAUUUUGGCUUUUUUCUUAAAUUUUUAUCUGAUAAACCAAAUGUGAAGCUGUUGAGAAAUAAAUUGCUAUACAGCAAGGAAGCCUACGUUUUAGCCAUUAUCAUAGAUUUUCAACUGAGGUUUAUAUGGGUAUAUGGUUUAGUAUUUGUUGACCCGUCGUCUCCUUCGCCGAGCACGGCAGCCAAAUUUUUCACCACUAUGUUUGCAACAGAGAUGGGUACAUUUGUUCUAGAAUGCUUGGAGAUAUUCAGAAGAUGGGUCUGGGUCUUCCUGAAGAUUGAAACGGAAUAUGUAAUAAUGAGCUCUGUUAGCGAUUUCAUCGAACUCCAAAGUUUUGAUUGA